AUGGUUCUUGAUCGUUUGUUGUUUCUUCUGAGCUUGUGGCUGGGCUUUGUUGGCGCCACUCAAGCUGCGUUAUCAGAACCUAUUCCGCCUAGCAAGGACCCGUGGUAUACUGCACCUCCUGGAUUUGAGAAUGCCGAGCCUGGAACUGUCUUUAGAGUGCGGCCUGCGCCUGGAAACUUGACCAGCGUUAUCGGCAAUUGCUCUGCUUCUUACAACAUCCUCUAUCGUACGACCGACAGCCAUUUCAAGCCUACUUGGGCCGUCACCACUCUUUUAAUCCCCAAACUGGGCCCAGAAAGUCUUGCGCAGCAGAAGUACCAACAAAGCGCGCUCAUGUCAUUCCAAGUGCCUUAUGACUCCCCCGAUGUCGAUGCCAGCCCUAGUAACGCUAUGUACGACGCGAGCGAUUUUUUUUCGAAUUAUUAUGGAGCUGCUCUAGGUGAAGGUAUCUUCGUUUCUGUUCCGGAUUAUGAGGGACCCUUGGCUGCUUUUACCGCUGGCCUCAUCUCUGGAUAUGCUACUUUGGACUCAAUUCGCGCUAUUCUGUCGCUCGGUCUUGGCUUCAACACGAUCAACACGCCCAGUGUUGCCCUUUGGGGCUAUUCUGGCGGUGCGUUUGCCACCGAAUGGGCAUCGGAACUUGCAGUACAGUAUGCACCCGAGCUUGUAGCAGGACCCGUUAUUGGUGCUGUGAUGGGAGCCCCGUUGCCCAAUAUCACUUCAUGCAUGCGCGAUGUCAAUGGAGGACCUAAGUCCGGUCUGGUGGUAAACAUGCUGCUGGGCCUUACGAGUCAAUAUCCUGAUGUCCGCAAGCACCUUGUAUCCAAACUCAACGAUGAUGGCCAGUACAACAAGGCUGACUUUCUCGCUGCUGAGCGUUUUACUAUCGGCGAAGCGCUUAACACCUUUUCUGGCAACAUCAACAAGUACUUCCAGAAGGGGACUGAUAUUCUCAGCGACCCGAAGAUUACAGCUCUUAUCAAUCGGGAGGGCGUUUUGGGAUAUCACGGCACCCCCAGAUGGCCCAUGUUUAUUUACCAAGCUAUCUCUGACGAGGUCACGCCGAUUGCUGCUACCGAUGCCGUAGUCGAGAGAUAUUGUUCGGUGGGGGCCGACGUUCACUUCGAAAGGAACACUCUCGGCUCGCACGACGAGGAAGCCAACAAUAGCUAUGACGCGGCUUUCCAGUGGCUUUUGAACACCUUCUCUGGCCAGCGUGACACAAAUGGUUGUGUUAUCAAGGACGUGACGAGAGACGUGACGGGAGACGUGACGAGAGACGUAACACGAGAGUUGUGA